GUCAGCCGGUUGAGAGGAAAUGGCGGCGAGGCCGGGGCCUUCGAGCUCGGAGCCCUCGGGAACCACGGACCGGGGAGAAAAGGCUGGAGGGCAGGCCAAGUCCUCACAGAAAAUUGAAGACUUGAUGGAAAUGGUGAAGAAGUUGCAGAAAGCUGGAAGCCUAGAGCCCAGGGUUGAGGUCCUGAUUAACCGGGUCAACGAGGUCCAGCAAGCAAAAAAGAAAGCCAGCGAGGAGCUGGGAGAGGCCCGGACUGUCUGGGAGGCCCUGCAGAAGGAACUAGACUCACUGAGUGGUGAGAAAGUACGCCUGGAAGAGGUCUUGAGCCAAAAGCAAGAGACCCUGAGGAUUCUUCGGCUCCACUGCCAGGAAAAGGAAAGUGAGGCACAGAGGAAGCAGACCGUGCUGCAGGAGUGCAAGGAGCGCAUUUCUGCCCUGAACUCCCAGAUUGAGGAAGAGAAGAGCAAACAGAGGCAGCUGAGGUUGCAUUUUGAGGAACAGCUGGAGGAUCUGAUGGGCCAGCACAAGGACCUCUGGGAAUUCCACAGGCCAGAGCAGCUGGCCCGGAAGAUUGGCGCCCUGGACAGCAGCAAGGAGCAGUUGCUCAAGGAAGAGAAGCUGGUGGAGGCAAAGCUGGAGGAUGUGAAGCUCCGUUUGUGCUCCCAGUUUGGGGCUAAGGGCCGCUCAGCCAUCACUGAGGGGCUUUUCCUCCGCAGCCAGGAGGCAGCAUCUGCGGUGCAUCUGUUUGAGGAGGAGAACAGAAGGGCCCAGCAGCUGCUGGAGGACGCCGCCCAGCACCACGCGCAGCUGCAACAGAAGAGGCAGAGGCUGAAGGAGGAGCUGGAACAGCUCGCAGUGCAGGUCCCUGCUCAUGCCCAGAGCAAGCGAGAGGAAGGGGCUGGCCCAGGAGAAGCUGCCAAUCCCAAGCCCCUCGGAUUCAGUGAGGAGAGAGAUCCAGAGCUGCCCCCCAAGAAUGGCCUGAUACCCUCCUAGGCAAGGAAGAUGACCCAUGCUGCCAUGGAGCUUAUUCCAUGGGUUUUGGGAAAU